GAAACCACCCCCUUCAAGAAGAGACCCUAAUCCGCAAGCCAAUGCAUCCGCGGAUGCGCCUUUCCAACCCAUCGCCAGGAUGAUGUCCUCCGCCAACGAAGAGGAUCCCUUCCUCCAAGUCCAACAAACGCACUAUAGAGACGUCCUCGCCCAACUAGACUCAACCAGACCCCUAUUCACAUCCUACCUCCGCAUCCGCUCCCUCUCCACCUCCCCAACAUCCCCCGAACUCGCCUCUGCCCGCGCCGACCUCGAAUCCGCCCUCGCCUCCCUAGCCGAAGACCUCGCCGACCUCGUCGAGUCCGUCAAAGCCGUCGAAUCCGACCCCACAGCCUUUGGCCUCUCCGGCCCAGAAAUCACGCGACGCAAGAGGCUCGUACAAGAUGUCGGCGGCGAAGUAGAAGACAUGCGCGAGGAGCUCGCCAAAAAGCUUGGCGCAGCAGCAGCAGCAGCAGGAGGAGGAGGAGGAGGCAAGGGCAAAUCCUCAGCAGCAAACUCGGACCUCCCCGACCCGAGCUCCUUCGCCAUAGGCGACGGCCACCACGGAGACCAUGACGACAACGACAACGACGACUACGCGGCCGAAUUCGAGCAGCAGCAGCAGCUCGAGAUGAUGCGCGAGCAGGACGGCCACCUGGACGGCGUGUUCCGCACCGUAGGCAACCUGCGGCGGCAGGCCGACGACAUGGGCCGCGAGCUCGAGGAGCAGAGGGAGAUGCUCGAGGUCGUGGACGGCGUCGCGGACCGCGUGGGCGGGCGGCUGCAGACGGGCGUGGCGAAGCUGCAGUACGUGAUGCGGCACAACGAGGACCGGCUGAGUAGCUGCUGCAUUGCCGUGCUCAUUUUUGUGCUCAUCUUGUUGCUUAUUUUGUUGUUGAUUUUGUAAAAAGGGGGAUGUUUGUUUGAUGCCCGGCUGAUCGACGACAUGACGGUUGGAGGCAUUUGGGGCAUUAUUAGAAGACGGCAAAAAGGGGAAGAAUGAUGGCGAAGAAUCAUUUCUGUUUGAAUGGGGUUUUGGGAGUUUGUGGAGCGGGUUGGAUUUCUUAUCGAUGAAU